AUGAGCAAUGAUAUUGUUAUCUUUGGUGGUAACUCUAACCCAGAACUUGUCAAUUUGAUUUGUGAGAAUAUUAAUGUGUCACCAUCUGAAGUUACCUUGAGUAAGUUUUCAAAUGGUGAAACUAGCGUUCAAGUAGGUGUCUCUGUUCGUGAAAAGGAUGUCUAUGUCAUUCAAAGUGGUUUUGGACAUGUCAAUGAUAUCUUUAUGGAGUUACUGAUCUUGGUGAAUGCUUGUAAGACUUCGUCUGCUUCAAGAAUCACUGUUGUCAUGCCUUACUUUUGUUAUUCUAGGCAACCUGAUAUUCCAUAUACAGCCAAGGGUGCCCCAUUGAUCACAAAACCAAACAAUACCAACCCAAGCAAGACAUCAUUAUCUACUCAGAAACCUGGUCCUGAUAAUUCAAAGAGCCUGGAAAAAGCAAUACGAUCAAGCAUGGUGAAAACUCAAUCAUCAUCCAGAAUUCCAAUGAUUUCUGGUAAGAAAGAUCAAGCUCAUAGUUCUGAAGCUGGUGAAUUAUUUAAAGCUCAAAAUGCAGGUUAUAAAUUAUGGGUAGUUCAAUCAGGUACUUUGAUUGCUAAUCUAUUGACAACUGCAGGUGCUGAUCAUGUUAUUACUAUGGAUUUGCACGAUCCACAAUUUCCAGGUUUCUUUAACAUACCAGUAGAUAAUUUAUACUGUAGACCAUUGUUUCAGAAUUAUAUUCAACAUCAUAUCCCAAAUUAUCAAGAUUCUGUUAUUGUAUCACCAGAUGCGGGUGGUGCUAAAAGAGCUGCUGCUAUUGCAGAUGCCCUAAAAUUAUCAUUUGCUUUGGUCCACAAAGAAAGAAGAUCACAACUUUUAAAGGGUCCACCAGGUGCUACUUUGACCUCCGGUGGUGUAGGUGGUGCCUUGUCAAUAUCUACUAAACCAUUACUAAAGCAAGAGGAACUGCGUGACGUGAAGCGUGUUGCAUCUACUCCAACUAUCGUUCAGACAACUAUGUUAGUCGGUGACGUCAGAAAUAAAGUAUGUAUCUUAGUUGAUGAUUUGGUUGAUACUUCAUAUACAAUUGCAAGAGCUGCUAAAUUGUUGAAAGAUCAAGGUGCCUCUAAGGUAUAUGCGUUAGUUACACAUGGUAUUUUUUCAGGUGAUGCUUUAAAUCGUAUAAAACAAAGUAGCAUUGAUAAAUUAGUUGUUUCAAAUACAGUACCCCAAAAUAAGGCACUUGAAGUAUUAGGUGAAGAAUUCGUUGAUAUUCUGGAUGUAUCUCGUGUAUUUGGUGAAUCCAUUAGAAGGAUCCAUAAUGGUGAAUCCAUUUCUAUGUUAUUCGAACAUGGAUGGUAA